AUGGCCAUCUGCAACCUCGCCCCUCAAAACCACAACCCGUCUCUGAAUCGGUGGUUCAAGCAAUAUAGCACAUUCGGGAAAUCCACCAAGUACCUGGAGCAUCUCGGAAUCGCCCAGGAGGCAAUUGCAAUGUCCGAUACUCCAUUGCAUCCUUACUCGGUAAGCGGACCAACCGAUCGUGCUAUUUUCCGGUUGCAGGCAGAGCAAGCUUCGAUGCACCCGCGACAAGCCGACGUGCCAGAGAUGCAGCAACAAGGGGCUGGAUUGCAAAUAUCCUGGGAGGAGCCGGAGGAGACCGCGGCCAAGUGCACCACAGACCCCAUGCUAUCUAGUCUUCUUGACCGUCUAAGCAAUGUAGAGGCUCUUUGCAGCAAUAUCCUCACGGAUCGUACAGUAACCGACCCGGCGGUACAGUCAACCCCGGCAUCUUCGAAUGAUGAUAUCGACAAUCAAGAAUCAGAGUUCAUCAUUGAAGGGGUGGCUACGGAUGUAUCGUUACUCCAACUGCAGAAUCUGGACACUCCUGGGGGCCACAGUGUACAGUCCCCAAUUAGUCCAUCUGGCAAUACGUUGGAUCCUCUAUCGCUCCUUGAUGGUGCAAUCCAGAAAAUGAAGGACGCAUCUUUGGAAAAUUAUUCGGAGAAUAGUGAAGCACUGAUCUUUGAAAUUCCCAAGGAUAAAGCAAAGCUCUGGGUCAACGAAUUCUUUAUCAAUCGAGGUCUUGAGAUGUGGCCCAAUCUGAUAAACGAACAGUUGAUGAGAAUCAUUCCAGACCUCGCUGGCUUGCCGCAUGUUCACAUCGAUCAAUCAGCAAUGCUAGUCUACUACAACGUGCUCAUUGACGGGGCUUUGAUCCGUUCCACAUUGGCUUACGGGGACAUGAAGUGGGCACGUCGAAUUUACCAUCAUUGUCGCAACCUUGUUUCGGCUUGGGAUCAAGGGACAACAUGCACUGCCAUGGACUUUGUUGCAGCGAUUCUAAUGUGUCGAACAAGUGCAGCAAACUUCGACUAUGAUCUAUGUUGGGAACUGCACUCUCGUGCUUGCCGCUUCGCUCAAAAUCUUAGCCUGCAGAGUAUGGACGACUACCUUAUGGAAGGAAGAAUGCCAAAGGAUCACCACGCAGCAAAUGAAGAUAGGAAGGGAUUCUGGCAGUUGCUUGCGUUGGAUUACCAUUUCCGUCUGUGUUUCGACAGACCCCCAACUAUUUCCGGACUCGACUACCAGGUCAACCUACCCAGCUUCGACAUUGGUCGCUUACCUCCACAAGAAGUGACUUCGGCUACUGCAUUUAUCGUUACGUCGCGGAUCACCUUUAUUAUGAUGGACUUUUUCAAAAUCUUGGAGAACUCAAAGAGUGCAUCUUCUGAUAUUGAAGGAUCCAUCAACAAUCUGUGCUCUGAUAUUACAAAUAUCAUCGAAGAUUGGCAAGUUGAGACAUGGCUUAGACAGUCGCUAAAUGACUUCAAUGUUUGCUGGACUGCUUCUGAUCUCCUACUUACCGCAUAUAUGAGCAUUAUUAUGAUGCAACGCAAAAUACAUGCGGCCGAUGAUUCAAGAAAUGAAAAAACCAUCGUCCAGUCUGAAUCCGGCGCUUUCAUUUCCUUGAAUGCUGCUCGGAAGGUUCUCGAUACAAUUAAUCUGUUGAUGGAGUCUUUCACGUCGCCAUGGUUGAUAUCCUGGAUCUGGGGCGCAUAUCAAUGCCCCUUUGCCAUCGCGAGCAUCUAUGACUACGUGCUGUCGGAGAAAGAGGACUCAAGAGUCCUGGCAGACAUGAAACAAAUGUUGCGAGCUGAAGCGUUGCUCAAGAAUGCAGUCCGCGUACAUGCCGAUUUGACACCACUUUGGACAGCUUUCACCACACUCAACACUCGGGUCGGUGAGCAUUGGACCGGUUUGCGCCAAAGAUGA